AUGGCAUUCAUGGAGAACAGCACUGAAGUGCAUGAGUUUAGACUCUUGGGACUAAUUGAUAUCCCAGCACUGCAAGUCCGUCUCUUCAGAAUAUUCACUUUCAUAUAUCUCAUCACUCUCAUUGGAAAUCUUGAGAUGAUCACGUGGAUUCUGUUGGACUCUCGUCUCCACACUCCCAUGUAUUUUUUCCUCAGUAACCUCUGUCUGGUGGAUUGUGUUUACUCCUCAACUGUUACUCCCAAGGUGAUGGCUGGGUUUUUCACAGGAGAUAAAGUCAUAUCCUAUGGGGGAUGUGUUGUUCAGACGUUCUUCUUUGGCUUUGCCAGUGUAGACUGUUUUCUACUAGCAGUCAUGGCUCAUGAUCGGCAUGCAGCGGUGUGUAAGCCCUUGCAUUACACCACCACUGUGACCACCAGUGUGUGUGCUCAAAGGGCCAUAGGCUGCUAUGUCUGGGGCUUUGCUCAAUCUGCCAUCCACACUGGAUUCACCUUCUGCCUCUCCUUCUGCCAUUCCAAUAUGGUCCAUCACUUCUGUGAUAUUCCCCCAAUCCUGGCCCUUUCCUGCUCUGAUAUCUACAUAAAUGAGAUUGUGCUCUUUACCUUAGCAGCUUUCAAUGUCUUUUUUGCCCUUAUAGUUACCUUGACUUCCUAUCUGUUCAUAUUCAUUGCCAUCCUGAGAAUGCACUCAGCAGACGGAAGGAAGAAAGCCUUUUCCACCUGCACCUCUCACCUCACUGCUGUCUCCAUAUUCUAUGGAACUGUCAUCUUCAUGUACUUACAACCCAGUUCUAGUCAUUCUAUGGGCAAGGGCCAAAUGUCAUCUGUUGAACCCUAUAGUCUAAGGAAUAAAGAGGUUAGUAAUGCUUUCAGGAGAGCCAUUGAGAAGAUGAAGAUUCUGUUUAGCACAUAG